AUGGAGGCCGCCGCCGAGAUGAGCCCCGUGCUGCAGGAGAAGCUCAACGACGUGCUGAGCAGAUACGACGCGCUGGAGGCCAUCCUGGUGUGCACGUCCGAGGGCGUCCCGCUGCUCAAAGUGACUGCGGAGGAGAAGUCGGAGCUGUCGUACGAGUACACGGAGACGGUGCUGCCCACGGUCUUUGCUGGCGCAGCAGAGCAGAUUGGGAAGCUCAAGUUCGGGGCGGUGCAGAGCGUGACGGCGUUCUUCGACGACGUGGUGCUGAUCCACAUGAACCACGCGCCGCUGGUGAUCACGCUCGUGGCGCCCAACUCGCCGCACAUCGGCGCGCUGCACGCGCUGGCCAGCGAGCUGCGUCCUGCGCUCACGCCGCUCAAGAAAUGCGUCGAGAGCGCCGAUGUGCAUUAA